CCUGCCCCCCCCCAGCAGCACCAUGAGGGUUGGGUCUGCGGAGGGGGAGCGGGGGGACUACUGCAGCCUCCGGGAUGUGCACCUCGCCCACUACUUCUCCCGAGCUGACGUCGUCUCCCACCUCGUGCACAUGGGACUGGUGCGGCGGACGGGGGAGGUGGUGACGGAGAAGGAGUGGCGGCGGGCGUACGCCAAGCAGCAGCGGGAGGAGCGGGAGAGGGAGAAGGAGGCACACCGGAGGAGGCUGCAGGAGGCGGAGGAGGCGGCCAGGAGAAGGAUCACGGAGAAGAUUAGGAGGAAGGAGGCCCGGAGAACCCUAAGAGCUGCGCUGGAAGGGGAGUGGCAGCGCAUGUGUAUUCUGGAGGACGCCCACAAGGACCCUGGAAAACCCCCGGACGCAGCAUACACCCAGCAGGAAGGAAGAGACGCCAAGGAGGGUCCAGGCCAGCGACAGUCCCCAGGCGAGGAUGGUGUCCUUCACUUCGACAUCGUGUGGAACUACCGCCCGGCCAGCAGCACCACGGACGGAGCUGCCACCUCCAGCGUGACUCCGGGGGCCUCAGACAGCAGCCUCGGCGCCCCGUUUGGCCUGGGGCGCGCCAGAGGACACACCCCUGACAAAUUCCUUCCGCGGGCGAGGACGCGGGGCCGGCGGCACGUGGUGGGGGAGCCGUACGUGGCGUCCCUGGGGCCGCACCCGUCCCCGCGCUACCUUCACAUCCUCCGGCCCACCAACAACUGCAAAGAGGUCUGGGCGAGACUGUGCCCCCCGCAGCCUGAAGCAAGCCGCUUGCCCCGUCCCGCUCCCUCCUCGGCCCCUCACAUGAGACUAGUGUACGCGGGGGGCGGCGCGCCGUGCCCCACCCCCACCCGACUGGUCCUGAAGCAGCAGCCGGCCGGAGCCCACAACGUGACGGUGUUCCAGGGCACGGUUUGUGUUGGAGAUGAGAUUGAGAUCAACUCUAUGAGGCGCGCCAACUUUCCCUUCUCGAUCACCAUCUACGAGAACGGGGUGUCCACGGGCAGACUGAGCGCCUGCUGCGAGCACCGCUACGCCAAAGGGAGCCGCCUUGGAGGACGCUCGGGACACCUUAGAGUUCUUGAGGUCACUGGAGGGGAGCCCUGCCUCAGUUGUCAGCUGCGAGUGGUGGAGAAGCGACACAAGGCUCGCCGCCGCGUCCGCUACAAGAAGACACAGGACGUCAUCUCUCUGGACAGUGACCACACGGAUUACACCCCGCCGGAAACAGGAAGCGAGGCCGGCAGUACCGGUGACACGAGCAGCAACAGCACCCAAAAUGAGCAAGGCUCAGAACAUCACGGCAGCGGCAGUGACGCGGACAGCCCGUCGCCCAGAUCCUCAAAUCGUCUGGGCUUACCUGGAGAGUUACAUUCACCAACCGGACGACGAAGUCACGUGUCCAGUGAUUCCUGCAACGGGCUAUCAGAUCAAGAGGUGGCGGAAGUCCUAGGUGUGAGGAUCGAGACAGAGAGAAAAGAUUCACAACCAUUUGAAACAGUGCAAGGAGGAUUACGCAGCGAGGCUUUUAGGUCAGAACACCUUACUGAUGAAGCCGAGAGCCAGACUCGAAAAAAAAGUCUGAGGAAUCAGAGGAAACAGCAGUCCCAGACCUCAAAUAGCGUAGAUGAAACACUCAGUAGUAGUAUCUCUGGCCAGCACACCGCCAGCCAGGGUGCUGGAUCGAAUCACGACCAGGAGUCACACCGCCCCGAGAGGUUCAAGGACAUAAGGGAGAAAGAGUCCGCCCACGCCGUCGACACAAAAGCACCGCUUUCUGCAUCCUAUUCCUACGGGAGCUCCUGGGAAGAGGAGGAGGAGGAAAAGGAGAAAGAAGAGAAGCAGGAUGGAGAGGAGGAGGAGGAAGAAGUAAUCGACGAGGAAGAGGACAGUGGAGACAGUGAUUCAGAGGGAAAAUAUAAAACAACUCCACCUCCACUUCCAAGACGAGGAGACACAGAUGACGACAGUGAUGACGACUCUGAAGGAGGGGAAGAUGUGGCUGAAACAGCAUGGACGGUGGACAACAGUGCCACAAUCAACCACACCAAGACCGUGGUGAUGCACGUCUGCACCUCCAAAAGAGAUGUGCCACCUCCGCAGCUGUCAAUUGGCUUACACCACCUCCAGUCUCCCGAGGCUCUCUGA